AUGGCUUCACUCCCACGACUACCCGGCCCUCGACAGGCACUCUCAUCCAUCCAAUCCAUCCGCCCAACCCGCCCUUUCCACACAAUCCACCAGCGAGCUUCUGCAUCCCCAUCCUCACUACGCAACUCACCACGCAACCAACCCUUCAAAACCACACCAACAACACCAACGAGAACACUCUCCCCAAUCCAAAUCCGCACCUACCACUCCCCCUUACACCCCCGCCUCCCACCCCACGAAUACACAAACAGCCAAACCGCCAUCCUAACCGCCUCCCUCCCCCACAUCCCAACCCACGGCUUCACGGCUGCCGCAUUAACCCGCGGUGCCCGCGACGCGGGCUUCCUAGAUGUCUCGGUGCAAUUGCUCCCGCGUGGUGAAUUCGAUCUUAUCCUGUUCUGGUUGGCGAGUCGACGUGGGCUAUUGAGGGGGAGGGUUGAGGAUGGGAGUGUGUUUGGUGCUGCUGGGGAGGGAUUAAGCGUGGAGGAGAAAGUUAAGAUUCUCGUUUUGGAGAGGCUGAAGAUGAAUAUUGAUGUUAGGGGUGUUUGGCAGGAUGUACGGCCCUCGCUCAAAUGUCCUUACUCGGAAACAUCCCUCUCUCCCCUCCUCGAACUGCACGCCCUGUCAAACGAUAUCCUCACGCUGGCUGGUGACUCUGCCGUCGAUGCAACCUGGUACGCGCGCCGGAUGGCGCUGGGCGCUAUUUAUGCUAGUGCUGAGGUAGUUAUGACGCGGGAUCCGAGUCCCGGGCUGGAAGAGACGGAGGCGUUCGUGCGGAGGAGGUUUGAGGAUAAGGAGGUGCUUCGGGGGAAGGUUGAGGGGGUGGGGUCUUGGGUUGGGUUUUGGGGGAAUACAGUUGUUGGGGUUGGGAGGAGUUGGGGGUUGAAGAUUUGA